AUGGAGAGGGGCACUUUUCAAGACUCUGCUGCCAAGCUAUUUAAUAUCCUUCCGGCAAAUAUUAGAAACUGUAGCGAUUUCAAAGUAUACUGUAGGGAAGUUAAUGCCUAUCUAUUAAAUAACAUUUGUAAAUAGUUUGUAAAUUGCAUAUAGGGUUGUAUUACUUUUACUAAUUCUUACAACGUUUUUAAUUUUUGAUACAAUAUUCUUUUUAUAGUCCGAUAUUUUUGCUUUUUAUAUUGUAGAUUUCAAUUCAAUUCUUUAUUGUAGUAUAUUAUAGUUUUUCAUUUUUUACUCAGUAUUGUAGUUUUUAACAGGUGAAGAGCCACUAAGUGGAUACACUGUUAAUAAACCA